UGUAUCAGUUUGUCCUGGCAUGAUGAUAACAUUGCAAGUUAAAGCUACAUGAUGUAGUAGAUUACUAGGCUUUAACUUAAGGAGGUUUAAGAUCGUAUGUUGCUAUGGUGGUGGAGGUGGAGAGCUUUUUUGGGGUGUACAUGCUGUACUGCACCAACCCCAAAUUUAAAGGGCGCAUCUACAUCGGCUUCACGGUGAAUCCGGAGCGAAGGAUCGGGCAACACAACGCCGGCAGACACAAAGGGGGAGCAAAGAAGACCAGCGGCAGAGGACCAUGGGAGAUGGUGCUCAUCGUCCAUGGGUUUCCAUCUGAUAUUGCAGCUCUAAGGUUUGAAUGGGCGUGGCAGCAUCCCCACAGCUCUCGCCGCCUCUCCCACGUGACACGGCGCACCUGCAAAGAGUCUAGCCUGCAGUUCCACUGGCGUGUGCUUUCCAACAUGCUCCGGGUAGCGCCGUGGAGCCGUCUGCCCCUCACCGUACGUUGGCUAAGGCAGGAGUACCGGAUGGAUUUUGAGCCUGGGCUGCAGCCACCACUUCAUAUCCCUUUAGCUUUUGGCUGUGUACGGGCUAAAAAGAAACAGCAACAAAGUGACAAGGAGCAAGAGGAGGGCUGGGUGGAACGAUGCUUAUUGUGUAAAGGAAUUAUGAAGGCUGCAGAUAGGCUGCCCUGCUUCAUUCCAUCCUGUAAGAUGGUCUGUCAUCUUAUUUGCCUGGCUAAACAUUUCUUAAAGUCAGAGCCCAGUCAUCUGCUUCCUGUGGAAGGCGAGUGUCCUGGCUGCCAUAACUCGGUGCUGUGGGGAAAUCUGAUUCGACGCAAAAAUGGCUGCUAUGGCGAUCUAGAAGAGAUUACCUCAUAUUCCUCUCAGAGCCACUGGGCAGAUGAGUUACAGAUGUAAACAGAUCAGGUCAAGCAUUGGUUUCAAUUCCCAACUCGUAUGGAGAAACUGAAAGGUUUUCUGUUUGCUAAUUAGAGAACAUUCAAUUAAGACACGAGUGUAGAAUGACCUCUGGUUUUAUAUUAUGCUCUAAUGAUCUAAAAUCAUGUUUUUAAAAUCAACACUUUUAUGACACUGAAAACUAAAUGAAUUGUAAUAAUGCCUUUGUGUUUUUAAACAUAUUCUAGUCUUGCAGUAUGAAUUCUUGGUGUAAAAAUAUUUA